GUAAAAAAAAAAAAAAAAAAGGAAGACGCUUUCUCGUAAUGGGUUUUAAAGCCCAGAAUCAACAAAUGAAAACCGUUACAAGAUAUUGGGCCCAGAUUCCAAUAAAUAUAAGGAAUUCCCUAUCAGAGGAUUCAAACUAGAAAAUAAAAAAGUAGAAUUAUAGCGUAGCUACUGCAGCACAGAAAAAUGGAGGGAGAGGGCACGGAAAAGGUUGCACAGGUGGUGAUACAAACCCUAAGAACCAGAGGCUGGUGUUUCGACGACGGUAGCAACCAGCUAAAAUCCUUAAUUGUAAUUCAAUCAGCAUUAGCAGAUGAUACUAACGACGCGACGUCAAUUGCAAAUUCCGUUGAAUCGAAGCUUCUCAACCUGGACCUUAAAUCCUUCGGAGCUAAAUCCUUACCCGACCGAGACCUUCUCCGCAACAAUACCUCUCAUCUUCAAGGUCCUAAAGUCCUUCAGAUAUCUUCUGUGCGAGACAUAUCUGUGAGUAGCAUUGAUGGAUUCUCAGAUUCAAGUAACCGGCGUCUGUUGAGAUUUACGUUAACCGACGGUUAUAAUGAAAUAACUGCGAUCGAGUACUCUCAUAUACCGUCUAUUCCCAAUGAUGUUGUACCUGGUACUAAGGUCCGACUUGAAAAUAAAGUUCCUAUACAGAAUGGUAUAAUAUGCUUGAACCCUAAGGUGAUAACGCUAAUAGGAGGUGCUGUUCAGUCACUUUAUGAAGAAUGGCAAAUGAAACAAAAGUAUUUAAGUUCAUUUCAUUCAUCAAUAAGAUUAUCACAGGAGGCUGAUAGUGGUCCUCCUCAAUUUGAGAAAUUGCAAAUUGGAGCAGCAUUUCGUUGUUCUUCUCAGCAUGCUGAUUGCUUUGCGUCUACAUCCAAUAGCGUUGUGCAUACUGCUGCAGAUAUGCAAUUUAGGCUGCAUGAUAUACACGAAGGACAUUAUAAUAUUGAUGAUAGAGAGAGAAAAGAGUUCCACAAAGAAAGGAUUGGAGAAGGACAAAGACUGAUGGAAGUUGCUCAAUCUGGCCCUGUUCCUAAUCAAGCAACUGUUCAGCAGAAUAUGAGUCACCCAAAUCAGUAUGCUAGAGGGAAAAACUGUUGGGGGAAAGAUAAGCAAGAAGGGCCACAGGUGUUCGCUCUUCACAAAAGAAUUGAUUGCUUGGAGUCUACUUCUAAAAGCAGUGUGCUUGCUGGGAAUACUGACAUUAGAUCUAUUGAUAUGCAACAAAAUGCAGCUGACCUUGAUGAUAAGGUGACAACAACUUCCCUUUCAGAAAAGGUUGAGCAAAAGUCAAGUAAAUCCAACACGAGAGUAAAAGAAGUAGCUGAAUCAGUGCCUGUCCAAAAUCAAGCUGCAGCCCAAAAACUUCUUCAGAAAAUGAAUAUCCCAAGUCAAGCUGAUCGGUAUUCUAGAGGUCGGAAACACAAGGGUAGAAAUAAACAAGAAGAGCUGCAAGUUUUCACCUUAGAUGAGUGGGAAAAGCGGAAAGCUGGGGCAAAACCUCCAAUGAGAAACAACUUUCCGGAUACUAGUUGUGAUGAGGACCUUGCAUGGCAGCUUCAAAACCAACUUGAUAUGGAACAUUCUCAGGACCUUCAGGUGCAAACGGGAAUGCAUAACAAUGUGACGGAUGACAUUCGAAUGAACAUGUUUAAUUUUGAAAGAGAUAAUGAUAGAUUUCAUGGAAUGGAUCGUGGAGGGGGAGAAUGGGGAAGGGGGAGGGGGAGAGGAAGAGGAAGGGGGAGGGGAAGAGGGAGGGGGAGGGGAAGAUAAUAUUGAAUCUGGUCCUCUCUAUCUUUAUCCACCGUUUUGAUGCUUCAAACUUUAAUAUUUAUAGAUUCUCUCUGGCCUAGCUAUCUUUGGUGAUCGCAGAACUUUUUUUAUUGAUGAGUUGGUUAUCUCAGAAUCUGGCAGAUGGUUUUCUUUUUCUCUUUCUUUUGAGCUCUGGAGCUUCAUAUCAGAAUUGUAUAUUUUCACCUUUGAUUUUGCGUCAUGUUUGCAGGUGCAAAGUUUCAAGCACAUGAUUAUUGUUUUGACUCUCCUUUGUGCUGAUUGAGAAAAUUUGAAGGUUCACUUUUAUGCUA